UGGCCGAUAUUUCUAGGUACUUGAGUACUUACGUAGCUCGACCGACGUAGGCAACCCGCUUCUGACGUACCAUUCAAGUUAAAUUUUGGAUUACAAAGCUACCACGAACAAAGUACAAAGUGAAGGUAUACAACAUUGGUAGAAUCUUCGAUUGGAAAUCACAAUGAACAAAAGGUAAAAUUCAUCAAAUACCAUAGGUAAGAGCGAUUCUCUGUUUUUUUUUUUUUAUAUCAUUAAAUUUCUACCGAUGGUUUCGCCUAUCAGCAUUUCCAUUUGAAAUUGCAUUUAGCAUUGCUUUUCUCGUCGUCGAGGCCAGUACAUUGGGCUUCAUCACAACUAUGGCGGAACAAAACGAGGCUUCAUUAGAAUCCAACCAAAUCACCAUCAAUUUCACACACCAUGGAAAACAACAUGAAAUCAACGUGGAGUCCUCAGCGACGGUCGCCGAUCUCGCCAGCGCAAUUCAAGACGAACUCUUUAUCCCCAUCAAUAACCAGAAACUUAUGAUCUCCAAACUGGGCUUACUCAAAGCACCUUUCGGCGACCGACCGGUAUCCGAUUUGCUUGAUAGGAAAGUGACCUUAAUCGGAACCUCUAGCGAAGAGAUCGCUUCCCUAGCCGCAGCAUCACAACACGCCGCAAAACGCGAUGCAGAUCGCGAGGCCCAUCUCGCUUCCGCCCGGCGCAAUCUGCCCAAAGCAUACUCAAGCCGAGAUCCCAAGCGCGCACAGGAAGACAAUACAUACACAUUCAUGACUUUACGACCCCUCCUAAAUCUACCGAAUUCACAACGCUCGCUCGCUUUCCUCGAACGCCUGAAAGCGGACCCAGGUAUCCGAGCGGCUAUGCGCGCGCACAAAUUCAGCGUCGGGCUACUGACGGAGAUGGAUCCCCUAUCAUACACGGAAUCGAGCCAUGAGGGAACUACACGAAUUCUGGGGUUGAACAGAAACAAGGGUGAAGUGAUAGAGCUGCGGCUACGGACGGAUGCAUACGACGGAUACCGAGAUUACAAGACCAUUCGCCGGACGCUCUGUCACGAACUCACGCAUAACGUACACUCAGACCACGACCGCAAGUUCUGGGACCUGUGCCACCAGAUUGAACGGGAGGUUGAGAAGGCGGACUGGAAGAGUGGGGGUAGAAGCGUGGGCGAAUUGGAGCACUACGAACCAAGUGAGGAGAUCGCGUACGACCACGGUGGCUGGACCGGUGGAGAGUUCGUACUUGGUGGCGGUGGGGGUACCCCUGCUAUGAGUGCGAGUUCGGGGGCGCUGAGUAGACGGGAAAUCAUAGCCAAAGCUGCAGAAGAGCGCAUGAAGAAACAGAAGCAAGCUGAAGAAGAAGCAAAAGGCGAUCGGUAACAUGCAGAGAAUCGACCAAAGUUCUCAAUCACUCACACGAUGAAGGCGGGGUUUCUUGUUUCUUCACCGGAGUCCGGGCGCAUAUAUUGGUGGUACGGACAACAUUUAUGGUGAUAUUCUAUUGGAUAUACUACCCUGCUUGUCUUGUUCAUCUGCAUGAAAUACCUUGGGGAUUGAUGUACGGCAUGGCGUUAGCGUAUGGAAUGCAUGGAUAUAGUGGUCUUUGCGGAUGAAGCACCUAUUUGUUUUGACUGUUGUUUUGAAUUGUCUUCAAUACUUAGAUAAUAUUAUAGCAUUUUCACCUGGGUGC